AAUUGAUUCUGAAAAUUUUUGUAUUAUUUUUCAAUUCAACGGCUGGUUUUGUUACAAAAUGGCAACAGAGUCGAAUUUGCAAUUCUCCGUGAUAUCAGUUUUGGAGGAAGUUCUUCAACAGCAAGGAACUCCAAUAAGCGACAUUAAUUUGGCUUCGAGAAAAAUCGAGGAAUCUUCUUUGAGAAGAUAUGAAGCUGCUGGGUGGCUGAGAAAAAAAGUAGGUGUUGUUGGGGGUAAAGACUUGCCUGCUGAGCCUUCUGAAGAAGAAUUCAGGCUUGGAUUGCGAAGUGGCAUAAUCCUUUGCAAUGUUCUUAACAAGGUCCAGCCUGGAGCAGUGCCAAAGGUAGUAGAAGGAGCUUGUGAUUCUGUCAUUAUUCCAGAUGGGGCUGCUCUAUCAGCAUUCCAAUACUUUGAGAAUGUGAGAAACUUCCUUGUAGCUGUAGAGGAAAUGGGGAUUCCAACAUUUGAAGCCUCUGAUUUGGAACAGGGUGGGAAAUCUUCAAGGAUUGUGAACUGUGUUCUAGCACUGAAGUCUUACAGUGAAUGGAAACAAAGUGGUGGAAUUGGUUCAUGGAAGUAUUCUGCAAAUGCCAAACCCUCAAAUUUUGGGACAGGGAAACCCUUUGUACGAAAAAGCUCUGAACCAUUCACGAAUUCGAUGUCAAGGACCAUGUCCUUGGGUGAGAAGUCUGUAGAAAGCUUGUGCAGUGAUCAGUCAGACCUCAGUGAAGCAGGUUCCGUCCGUUCUUUGCAUAUGCUAGUUCGUGCAGCUCUUUCAGAUAAGAAGCAAGAAGAAAUUCCCACGAUUGUGGAAUCUAUGUUCAAUAAAGUCUUGGAGGAGUUUCAGCGUCGCUUGGCGAGCCAAAAUGAACUGGUGAAAAACUACAACAAAGAUAUGGAAGAAUCUGUCCCUGAUAAUUCACUUUCAAGAACUGCUUCAUGUGAUGACAAGACUAAAACUACAGCAAAAGAUAUGGAAGAAUCUGUUCCUGAUAAUUUGCUUUCACGAACUGCUUCAACUGAUGACAAGGUUGAAGUAGAGGCCCCAGCUGAGGAAAUGAUUGAAGAUGAAUCAUCAGCAGAAUCAGAGAAAAAAGAACUUUACGAUGGGAAGUGCAAUGCUGAUGAGGAAUCAAUAAGACAUCUUCUGAAACAGCAGACAUUAUUUGAACAACAACAAGAAGAUAUCCUGGAACUGAAGCAUAGACUUCAUGCCACAAAAGCCAGCAUGCAGUUUUUGCAAAGGAUGUGCCAAGAAGAGUUUGUCAAUCUAGGUAAACACUUGCAUACUCUAGCUUAUGCUGCUUCAGGAUAUCAGAGAGUUCUUGAAGAAAACCGCAAGUUAUACAAUCAAGUGCAGGACCUGAAAGGGAAUAUAAGAGUAUACUGCCGGGUAAGGCCAUUCUUGAACGGGCAAUCAAACAGUUUGAGUUCUGUAGACAACAUAGAUGACAGUACUAUCGCAAUUAUCACCCCUUCAAAAUAUGGAAAAGAGGGACGGAAAUCAUUCACAUUUAACAAAAUAUUCAGUCCUUCUGUAACCCAAGCGGAGGUUUUCUCUGAUACCCAACCUUUGAUUCGGUCCGUUCUUGAUGGUUAUAAUGUUUGCAUAUUUGCUUACGGCCAAACAGGAUCAGGGAAAACUUAUACCAUGACAGGGCCUAAGGAGCUCACAGAGGAAGAGUUAGGUGUAAACUACAGGGCAUUGAGUGAUCUAUUUCUCCUCUCAAACCAGAGGAAAGAAACCAUUUCCUAUGAUAUUUCUGUGCAAAUGCUUGAAAUUUACAAUGAACAAGUCAGGGAUCUCCUUUCAGCAGACGGUAUAAAUAAGAGAUUAGAAAUUCGUAACAGCUCUCAAAAUGGUAUUAAUGUACCUGAUGCAAGCCUUGUACCUGUAUCAUCAACAUUUGAUGUCAUAAAUUUGAUGAAUCUUGGGCAAAAGAAUCGUGCAGUUAGCGCCACAGCCAUGAAUGACAGAAGUAGUCGAUCUCACAGCUGCUUGACAGUUCAUGUUCAAGGAAAAGACCUCACUUCAGGAAACAUUCUUCGUGGUUCUAUGCACCUGGUUGAUCUGGCAGGAAGUGAAAGGGUAGAUAAAUCUGAGGUGACUGGGGAUAGGUUAAAAGAGGCGCAACAUAUCAACAAAUCUCUAUCUGCUUUAGGAGAUGUGAUAGCUUCUCUUGCUUCAAAAAGCUCACACGUUCCCUAUAGAAACAGUAAACUUACGCAGUUGCUCCAAGAUUCACUUGGAGGACAAGCCAAAACACUCAUGUUCGUUCACAUUGCUCCAGAGUAUGAAGCUCUGGGAGAAACAAUUAGUACACUUAAAUUUGCAGAAAGGGUUGCCACAGUUGAGCUUGGUGCUGCUAAAGUGAACAAAGAUAGUGGAGAAGUGAGAGAGCUUAAAGAACAGAUAGCUAGUCUUAAAGCAGCCUUAGCAAGAAAGGAAGGAAUGCCAGAGUACCUGCAACAUACUCAAUCCAGUAGCCCAGAAAGUAGACCAAAGCUUGAAUCAUCAGCUUCUCUUCCUAAAUUGCAGAGUUUCAGUGAUCUAUCUAACGGCCUUGCGAACACUGAGAAUGACUCUUCAUCCACAUCUAGGAGAGAUAGCUUGGAGAUCCAAGAGAUGCUAGCGAAUCCAUCUCUGUGGCCACCUCUUAGCAGUCCUGCAGUAACUGUAAAGGAUGACGACAGAGAUUCAGUUCCUGGUGACUGGGUUGAUAAAGUCAUGGUGAAGAGGCAUAGCAACAUGAGCAAGGAUCGAAAUCCAUCAGCAAGUAGGGAAGCAGGCAACAGACAACUGCCUGACAAGUUCAAUCAGAGCUACAUUCGUGGUCCAACAAAGAUAUACCCGGAACAAAACUUGAAUAAGUUCACUACAAACAGAAAGGGCAACCAAGACUAUGAUCUGCAACGAACUCGGUCCGAAGUUGGCUCUACGGAUGAUUCUGACCUUGAAGCUGCAACUAGUGAUUGUUCGGAGAAUGACUCGGUUUGGCAAUCCAACAUUCCUAAGAUUACCAGUGGUCCGAAUGGUUUGGCAUCUAAACCAAAGAAACAGCAACUUAGGACAGUAAAGAGCACAGAAUUCAGGAGCUCAAUUCCAUCACUAAUUCCUUCACCAUCAAUGAGGAAGUCUUCAAAUGGAGUUAAUCCGAAUUUGCACAAGGGAAAGAGGAAAACUGGGUCUACAAAGUGAUUAAACUGAAGUGUUAAGGAAACUGGCUUCAUCAUUUUUUUCCCUUCUUCUUUUUUCACUUUCUGUCCCAUUUUCUUGCCCUUUUCUUGUGUAUCUAUCAUUUGAGAGAGGGAGAGGUUCACAUAUACAAAGUGGCAACAAUUUUCUCAGUUGCCUGUGCUUAGUGGUGGUCAAUCAUAAUCCCCCUAUGAUGAUCCACCUCCUUGAUUUGAUUUGCUCACACUGGUGUGGAUUUUGGGAACUUCUUGCUUUUUUUCUUCCCCCUUCCCCCAUCAAUUGUUCUUUCUUGUAGAAUUAAGAUUGGAAAGGAAAAAGAAGGUUGUACAAUGAGGGCAGAAGGGAGGAAUUGUAUUAUAUGGAGUACAUCAAUGAAUCAUGAUAUUAUUUGA